GGCCGUGACAGCCUGGGGCCGGAGACAGCGCGCCGGAGAGCAGCUCAGCCCCCGCCCCGCCCCGCCUGGGAGCGGGCCCGGCCGCCGCCGCCGAGAUGGAUGAGCAGGAGGCACUGAACUCCAUCAUGAAGGACUUGGUCGCACUCCAGAUGGGCCGGCGUCACAGGCUGCCUGGCUUUGAUACCAUGAAGAAUAAAGACGCUGCUCAUUCCAACAAACAGAAAAAACACAAUGCCAGCAGUCCAGCCCACCUGAGCAGCCCUACAAUAACAAACCAGUGUGCCUGUGCAGUAGAAGAAAAAAAAAUUCCGAAUGAUGUAAGGAUAAAGUUUGAACAUAAUGGGGAAAGACGAAUUAUUCCGUUUGUCCGACCUGUACGAUAUGAAGAUGUACAGCAGAAAGUGAAAACAGCCUUUGGCCAGCCGCUGGAUCUCCACUACAUGAACAAUGAGUUAUCUAUUCCCUUGAAAAAUCAAGAUGAUCUGGAUAAAGCGGUAGAUAUCUUGGACCGAAGCUCAAAUGUGAAAAGCCUUAGAAUAUUACUGCUGUCCCAGGACAGAAACCAUCAGACUAGUUCUUCACCACAUUCGGGGCUGCCAAAACAAGUCAGGAUCAAAACUUCCCAAUCUGUGGGGGAUGUGAACACAGCCUACCAGCCACCAGAGCCCAGAAGUAGGCUCCUGUCUGUCAGUUCUCAGAACACAGGCCGAAGUUCACCUCCCCCUGGGUAUGUUCCAGAGAGGCAACAACGAAUUGCUCGCCAGGGGUCUUACACCAGCAUAAACAGUGAAGGCGAGUUCAUCCCAGAGACCAAUGAACAGUGUAUGUUGGACCCUCUAAGCAGUGCUGAAAAUUCCAUAUCAGGAAGUUGUCAGUCCUUGGACAGAUCAGCAGACAGCCCUUCUUUUCGGAAAUCACGGAUGUCCAGAGCACAAAGCUACCCCGACAACAGACAGGAAUUCUCAGAUCGUGAGAAUCAAAUCUAUGACAAAGCAGGGAAAGGAGGGACGUACCCUCGGCGCUACCAUGUCUCCAUGCAACACAAAGAUUACAGUGACGGCCGGAGGACAUUCCCCCGGAUACGGCGGCACCAAGGAAACCUAUUCACGCUAGUGCCAUCAAGCCGCUCCUUGAGCACCAAUGGGGAGAAUUUGGGCCUGGCAUUGCAAUACCUGGAUCCCCGUGGGCGCUUGCGGAGUGCUGACAGUGAGAAUUCCCUUACCGUGCAGGAAAGGAACAUCCCAACCAAAUCUCCAAGUGCCCCAAUAAACUGGCGACGAGGGAAGCUUCUGGGACAGGGUGCCUUUGGUCGUGUGUACUUGUGCUACGACGUGGACACUGGCAGAGAGCUUGCAGCUAAACAGGUCCAGUUUGACCCAGACAGUCCUGAAACAAGCAAGGAAGUGAGCGCUCUGGAGUGUGAGAUCCAGCUGCUAAAGAAUCUCCAGCAUGACCGCAUUGUUCAGUAUUAUGGCUGCCUCCGGGACCGAGCAGAGAAGACCUUGACCAUUUUCAUGGAGUAUAUGCCUGGGGGUUCAGUGAAAGACCAGCUGAAGGCCUAUGGUGCACUGACGGAAAAUGUGACCCGGAAGUACACCCGCCAGAUUCUUGAGGGUGUCUCCUACCUUCACAGCAACAUGAUCGUGCACAGGGACAUAAAGGGAGCCAAUAUUCUCCGUGACUCUGCUGGGAAUGUGAAGCUUGGGGACUUUGGGGCCAGCAAACGGCUGCAGACCAUCUGUAUGUCUGGAACAGGUAUCCGCUCUGUCACCGGCACGCCAUACUGGAUGAGUCCAGAGGUGAUCAGCGGAGAGGGUUAUGGAAGGAAAGCGGAUGUAUGGAGUCUCGGCUGCACUGUCGUUGAGAUGCUGACCGAGAAACCACCCUGGGCAGAAUAUGAAGCCAUGGCGGCCAUUUUCAAAAUUGCCACCCAGCCAACCAACCCCCAGCUCCCUUCUCACAUAUCGGAACAUUGCCGGGACUUUCUAAAGCGAAUCUUUGUGGAAGCCCGGCAGAGACCUUCAGCCGAAGAGCUGCUCAGACAUCACUUUGCACAGCUCCUGUACUGAAUUACCUCCCAUGCCAGCAGUUCGCUUUGGGCUUUCAAUGCCCGUCUGGUGAAACCAUGCAAAUGACCGUUGUGGAGCUGCGUCUUCAAAAUGCUGUCUCAGCUGUCCUAGUCCUCUGGGCAAGUGAUGCUGAGGAACCUGUGGUCUGGCCUUGUGUCCUGGUAUGUUUUGCUGGAUUGAUGCUCAUUCUACCAAUGGCUGUGCAACACAGAACUGCAUUUUGUCCUUGUUAUCUUGAGGUGCAUGUUUUCUGCAGGCACAAGCAGAGGGAUCUAGGAAGCUUCUUGUUGAAUGUACAUAAGCAACAGAAAUCUGGAUCAAAGUGGGAACUGGAGGAGUUAUGUUCAGAGUAGAAAUGUACGGCAGCCUCCCAAACCAGCUCUCCACAGGGGGCUUUACGGUGUGGAUCGCUCUGUUUUCCAGACUGCUAAGUCUUUCCAGACUUCUACAGUACAAGAAUCCAGCAAAGCCAUGUGUCAUUGAGCACGCGCUCUAUAUAUAAUUAUAUAUUUUUCUUCUUAAGUAUUCAGCAUCUGAAGGUGUUCAGAAAAUAUUGAUUCAGAAAAUAUGUGAAUAGUAUUAUUUUAUAAUGAAACCUAGGGUUCGGGGUGGGAGAGGGAGUUGUUUUGCUGCCCAAAUGUCAGGAUAAUUAGAAAGGAGGUUCCAGCAGAACACAUGCUCUAUAGGGUCUAUGGUAAAGGGCUCUCCCAGUGAGGUUAGGGAGUCCGUACUUGACUUUGAAGGCCAAAGUUAUCCUAGUGUCAGGACAGGAUGUCCUCACUGUACCUCCCUAAGACUUCUUGUUCCAAACAAACCUCUUCUGAAAGGGAGAGUUUGCAGGAUGGCUUUCCGCUGCACCUGUCUUAUCAAGUGAUAAACUAUUUAUACCAAUCCCUUAAACCAAAGAUGAUUUCAAUGCUGCCAGAGAACUUACUUCAGGAAAAGGUUAAAUACUUGCAUUAGGCCAGACUGGCAAAGCUACAUGAAGAAAAUGGUUUGCCCUUCCGUGCAUAGGGCGGAGUUUGCUGGACAUUAGUUCACUGGGCGUUCUAGGCUGAAACCAAAGGUGAUCUUUCCCUGCAUGUUUCAGUAUAUGUGGAAAUUUUCGUUUUAGGUUUCUAUGAUCUUUUUUUUUAAAAAAAAGGUUAGAGAAGCUUUUGUAACUGAGACAUGUGAGUCAGUGAGGUAAAGGUAAAGAGCGUUUGUUAUGCCUGUCUGAAAACGACUGGAGAAAUGGGAUUGGUCCCCAAGAGAGAGAGGCAUAACAUACACAGACCAUUUUGCUCUAUUGCAGUGAUUCUCAAACUGUGGGUCGGGAUCCCAAAGUGGGUCAUGACCCUGUUUUAAUAUGGUCACUAGGGUUGGCUUCCUACUUGCUGGGGCCCAAGCCCAAGCCAGAGUCCUGGGCAGCAUGGCUCAGGCUUCAGCUUCAGCCCUGGGUGGUGGGGCUCAGGUUACAGGGCUGAAGUCCUUGGUCUUCAGCUCCCCUACCUGCCCUCACCCUGCCCAGGGCGUCAGGGCCUGGUUGAGCUCUAGCUUCAGCUCCUCCCCCUCCUGGGGUCGUGUAGUAAUUUUUGUUGUCAGAAGGGGCUCGCGGUGCAAUGAAGUUUGAGAACCCCUGCUCUAUUGUAUCUUGCCAUGGAUUGUACCAAGCUUCUGAUAUCUGCCACUGGUGACUUGCUAGUCUCAAAUGCUGCAUUUUGGUUGGUACACUAGUCCUGGUCUUAGUGACACAGAGGACUGAAGGUAAUGAGACCUCAUUUAAAGGCACACUUGUGGCAGAUUAAGUCAUGUUUUUAUUAAACCGUCUCCUCACCUAGGAGUAAAUAACACCUCGGGUUAAUAAAACUGAAAAGGUGUAAUCUAAAAUGGCUUUCCUGGACCAAACUGAGACAUGUUUAAGCAAUGAAGGCAGGCUAGUGAUUGUAAUCACUUUCAGGCUCUCAGCCACUAACACAGGGAUGCAGUGUUUGGGUAUAAGCAUCUUUCCAGAAAUUAUUUAAUUCCUAUGGAAACACAUCUGUUGAUUUUUACAAAAACCUGGAUUUUGAGCCAAUGUUUCUAGCGGGUGUCCCUUUUAAAAACAUACAGCCUCACUCUUAGUUGCCCUAUGCAUUGUCCUCACUUGCCCCAGUGUAAAGGGAGGGUAUAACACUACCACUCUGUUUUGGGAGCAUUUUACACACAUACUUUGCACUGGUGCAGAUGACGACAUAAGGCGCAGGGCAAUGGGAAAUUGGAGUUGUUCACAGUAGAGGUAGGACUGAGUAGUCCUUCCGUUGAGCCAGUGGCAGCGUUAUUCAAGCCUGUGGUUUUAUCACUCGCAGCCAGCUCUUACCUUUUGAAAUGUACCAAAGAUCAGAGCCUUUUCCUGCUACAGUAUUUAACUUGUAGGUGUAGAGCAGCCAUGAAGACCAGCGCAGCAUUCCUGUCUGCUUUGGCCUCUCUUUACCCAGCUUGUCCUCACAGAACUGACCAAGGCCAGCUUCUGUGGUCUUUGCUUAUUACCCAGCACAUCACUGUUUGGGAGAAUAGAAUAGGGGGCUGAGGAAAUGGUGCAACUUGUUUAACGUUUCAAAGCAACUAAAUCCUCAGGAUCUGUUGUGGCUUUUACCUCAUACAUAUCCCUGGAAUGCUGUUCUGGAGCAGAGCCAAUAGCAUCCUGGACUGACGUGCCAAGUCCUUUACCCUGCCAGAGCUGCUGAUCCUAUCCAGAGCUCUGGAACUCCCCAUCUAUGCUGAAAUGUGCCUACUCUGCGUAUACUCUUGUGUUCCAGUUUUUAUUAAUGGAAGAGUAAAUUGCAAUUGUACAGUGACAGAAGACGUCCGUCUUUGAGAACACGGUAAGCCAGCUCGGACUUCUUGUAUUCCAGCACCUGACCCAAUGCCACCCGUUCGGCACAAGUACAAGCCAAAGCAUUACUUGUAUGUUUGGAGAUGCACUUUUAUGAAUGUAGUUUAUAUCGCUCCUUUUUAGCUCUUUUUACAUCAAGUAAACAUUGAUGCCUCAUACUUUUAUUUAUAUCGUAAAAGAUCAUAUUUGGUGAUUUUUAUAUAUAUCGACUCGACUGUUACGGGGGGAAAUAAAUUUGACACCUUUAUGAAUUUAAAAAGGGGGAAAAAAAGCAGCUGGUUUUGCAGAGAAUUUGCUGAUGGUUUAUAACGAGUAGUGCCAACCCAAAAUGCCGCCUUUGGUUCCUCACUGGGCCUGUCAGGCACUCACCCCCAUUCAUGCAAACUGAAAAUCUUCAAUCUGUCCCAAGUGGAGCAACCUUGAGAACUUACUCUCAUUUACGCUAAACCCUGUCAGCAUAAAGGGGCUUUAGAGUGGGCAUAAAUUGCAUUUGUAUCCACUCUUUUAAGGCCUCUUGGCAUUGCCAGAGUUGUGUAAAUGACAAUAGAGCCCAUUUGAGGGGUUUGUCUGCCUAAAACUAAGCAGUUGUGACUCUCGCAAAUCUCAUUUUACAUCAUCAGCUGCUCCUCCCGGGAAGGGAGGGAGACUUGGUGCUUGUUAUGAGCUCUAGGAUCCUCAAGUGAAAGGUCCUGCAGUAAUGAAGAGAAUUAGAAUCUCUGAAGGAUAACCCUGUAGCAAACCAUUGCUCCUGGGACAGUUAAGACCUCAAAUCAUUAAGAUGAAAUAGCUGCAAAAUCCCCAUUAGAAAGGAGAUUGCUGAAUGCCUCACCUGCACGUUCCAUGCAAUCAACUUAGCACUGGAACAAACCAAGCGUGGCGGGGAUUUAAUUCCUGUUGAGCUUGUGAGGAAACACAAAAUUGGCAUUUUGGUCUUGGUGUGACGAUUCUGUGCAUUCCAGGUUAUCUACUUGCUCUCCAGUAGCUCUGACUUCUCUCCCAGUCACUGUAAAUUGCAGCAGUUUGCUUCUGUGCAUUAAAAAAAAAGAUUCCAAAGGGUUUCAGUGAAGCUGUAGAUCACAAAAGCAGUUCCCUUAUUUUGCUGUUAAUAAGCAAAACAAACUGAUCCAUAGGGGAAUUGGUGCCUAUUUCUGAGGUGCCAGCAGGGCCUGUAGAACUUCUUGGUGCCUCAGGAAAUUGUAUCCCCGCUGUAUAACCGUUGCCUGGUAUGCAAGGGCCAGGUGUCCAGCACCAUACAGCAGAUAGGACGAGUGCCCAGUGAUUGGUGCUUAGUCACUGUGGCUGCUGGGGGGAUUAAGUGUCUGAAUGUGAACUGAAACCUGUGUCCAGCACCCAGGCACUGUCCCUGCAAUUGGGAAUUAGCUGAUUUUUUUUUUUUCAGAGGCCUAAGGGAGCUGAGUGCCCCGUGGGAUUUGGGCACCAACUCCCAGAGGCUCCUGUGACUAUCCCAGGCAACAUUAGGAGCUGAUCACACUGAAUUGGGUUUGAAUUUCCCAGCUGGGAGGGAGACGUGCCUGGGAAGCAGUUUAGAAGAUUCUGGAGUCUGUAACCACGUUUGACACGACCUAUGGGUAGCAGGAAGAUAUUACUGUCUUAACCUGGAUUGUGCAGAAGACCUUGAAUCAGUAGUUUAUCUGAUUAUGUAUACCGACCGGGGGCUUGCAGUGCAAAGCCAGGCCAAUGUAUCGUUUAUUUACAAUAAAAUUAUCAUUUAUAUGAAA